AAUAUUCCUUUCUCAAUAAUAAAUGUGAUCGGCGCUAUAUUGAUCUUAUUUUAUGAGACAUUGAAGAGUAAUAGCUUUGGAUCCAGAAAUUUUUUGUCGGUGUACAGUUAAUCACCGAAUACAUGCAAAGUCAAUACGUUAUACAUCUUUCAUGGUGCAUUCGGAAAUGAUAAUACUGAAAAUUUGUAGCGUACGUGAUAAAUUAUAGAUAUUUAAAUACCAGUUCUAAACGCGCCAUUGAAGAGUUAACAACACGAGAAGAAAAUUGCUGAUUCACGCGCCCCACAAUGUACGACCUACGAAAUCACAACAUUUCAAAACUAUGCAGGUGCAGUCGCUGCAAGAGGAUCCAGUAUUGUGGUACGGAGCAUCAGAAGCAACACUGGAAAGACCACAAACCUAUAUGUAAGGCCAUACCGGACGUGCUGCAAACCUGCAGCGUAGAAGACGUUGAUGCAACACCAGAGGAGUACUGCGAACAGAAGUUAAAGAUGAUUCACAUGGUGACACAAAAGCUAGGACGUCCUCUAUACCUUUAUGAGGCACAAAUGAUAAGCUUUCCAGUGGAGUGCGCCGUCUGUUGGAAAUGGCAUGGUGAUACGCUCAAGACUUGUCAGAAUUGCGUUGCCAGUUACUGUGAAAUUCACAUAGACAGUAUCGAGCACAGUAAUAUCUGUGCAACCUUAAGUUUAUAUUAUCGUAUAGGUCUAUUUAGUCAGAGCAAGUAUAACUGUCAGGAUCAUUACUCGCAACAAGUUUACAACACGAAAUCGUUUCAGGAUAUGAAGGGCUUUAUAAAUGCUUACGGGGGUAUUGAGGCCGACUUAUUGUUAGAAGUAUCGUAUGAUGUUUUGGAAGCCCGGCACUCGCAUCAUCUAACGUGCCCCUUAACACUAUUUCAUGCCAUGCGGUUGUUAGAAUAUGUUCCAGAUCGCAAAGAUCUUCAUGUCAUUCAUGUUGUAAGCGUGUGUGCCUUGCAGGAGGUCAUGCUCACAAUAUGGGAUGUCUUGCUACAUUUAACAGACAUAUCAUCACUAGCGAUUAUAAUUAUAGGGCCGAAUAUAGAAAAUACAUCACCCCUUCUAAGAUAUUGUACGUCGCAACAGAAGAAGUUGUCGAUUGAGUUUUACGAGGACUCGUACGAGAACUACGUACGUGACCCGUCGUCCUUGAGACCUGACCUGGUCGUAGCAUUUCAAAUGGUUAUGCAUAAAAAGCAACCUGAUUCCCCUAAAGAAACGUGGGCAACGACCAUACGGCUGCUGGCGAACCAAAAUUGUCCGUUUAUUUUAACGGGUUUCGACCGACAAAAUUUAGAAGGUAAUAUUGUAUGUAUUAACACUAUCCUAGAUAAGAAGAUAGAUAGUCACUAUAUCGGGAAGAAUCCGUUCGCUUCUUUAAGACCGUAUAGAUACUUCAAUCCGGAUAAAGUGUUUUAUGAUAAUCAAUAUGUAGGUAUCUACAGGAGUCUCUAUCCGAAUUAAUUGUAAACGUAACUUAAGCGACCGACACGAACUAAAGGCUGCGAUUGAUAGAAAAAUGAAUAACACGUAUCAAUCGAGCUUAUGUUUAAUAGACGCAGUGAAAUAGACGUAGAAAACUAUUUGUAUUAACUAUCACCGCGAGACCAAUUAAAGUGACGAGAAAUAAUAUUUCCGCGUUUUUUUAUAUUGUCGUUUACAUUUCUGAAUACCUUAUAAAAUGUAAUUCGCUAGCGUUGAAUUUGUAGUCUUGCAUGGCGAUUUUUGGCGAUUUUUGGCGAUUGCCUAGUACAUACACCUAUGCUAAAGGAGCUGGGAGAGCCCUAUACUGGCUGGUAGAAUACUAUACUGAUAUUAUAGUAUUCUACCAGCCUUUCACAAUGUUGGACGCCUUUAUAUAUACAAUACCAAUUAAUUAUACAUAUUUCAUGGUGUAUUUGGAAAUGUGCAUGAUAUUACUGAUAACUUGU